UUUGUUUGUUUUUUAUUUGAUGCUGCUGGACAACAAAACAAAAUCUUGGGGGAAGAAUAAAGUACUACAUUAUUUUAAAAUAGUAAAAAAAAGUCACAUGCCCUGCUACAGCUAGGAAAUCUAAAGACAUAAUUUUAUGUAGCAUGUAUGAAAAUGUAUUUUUAGCUAAGAAUAUUAUAUGUAAUGAAAUGCCACCUUUCUAAUCAAAUGCCACUGACUUUAUAUGGGUUCGAGAAUUAUAUAGUUAUCUUUGUUGCCUUUAUUGAUUUUUUUUAUCCAUUUCAGCUGCCUGGUUCACCUUCGACCCUACAUGCACACACCCAGAUAUUAUGUUCUCCAAUGACAAUCUAACUGUGACAUGUAACAGUUAUGACGACAGAGUGGUUAUGGGAAACACUGGCUUUUCCCAUGGGGUGCAUUACUGGGAGAUCAGCAUAGAUCGUUAUGACAACCACCCAGACCCUGCCUUUGGAGUAGCUCAUGAUGAUGUGCUGAAGGAUGUCAUGCUGGGAAAAGAUGAUAGGGCAUGGGCCAUGUAUGUGGAUAACAACCGGUCCUGGUUUAUGCACAACAAUUCUCAUAAAAACAGGACUGAAGGGGGCAUCAGUAAAGGUGCCACAGUUGGCGUGUUGUUGGACUUGUCCCGGGGCAUCCUGAUAUUCCUGAUCAAUGAUGAGCAGCAGGGUCCAGUUGCCUUUGAAAGGAUGGAAGGGCUCUUCUUCCCUGCUAUCAGUCUCAACCGUAACGUACAGGUGACACUACACACUGGACUGCCUGUCCCUGAUUUCUACCUUCCUGGAGAUCCAGAACCUCCUGAAUCAGUGUGUUAACCAGUCUGGUGACCUAGACCUCCACUCUGAUUCCCUGAGACUCCUGAACUGAAAUAGUCCCAGCAGAAGAUGAACAUGAGUUUGAGAGAAGGGUAGUCAUACUGUAAUUAGAAAUACUGUAAUUGAUCCUUAUCAAAAACAUCAAGUAUUUUCUAUUCAGUAUUGUAGUGCUGUAUACAUUCAGUGAAUUUCAUUGUGUCAUUACAUCCAUUAAAUAUGUUUAAUUUUUGUUUUUUCAACAUCUUUUCCUCCAUAAAAAAAGUUUAAGAUAUGAUGUUGGAUUUUUUAUAAGAACAAUAAAGUUCUACCUACUGCAUUUGGCUUAAAAUUCUUUACUAUGUUUAUUAUAUAUUUGUACAUGCACAGUAUAUAUACUGCAUAUAUAUGCAUAUUAUUUGUAUAUACAAUGUGCUGUAUAUAUACAGUACUAUGCAAAAUGUUUAUAGCUGUAUAUCUGGGUACUAAAUGUACUGUACAUUUGCCCAGAAAAAAAUAACACAGUUUAAAAUAUAUGCAAAUGAACAGUAUCACAAUAAAAAAUAACAAGAAUUUGACAAAAAUACUAAAAUAGUGUUACAUCAACAUGAAGAUCACUUAAACAUAAUUUUCUUUUACCACAAGUCUUUUGCAUAGUACUGUAUAUAUAUACUAAGACUUUUUCACAUAGUGAAACCAUUAACACUGACCAUUAACAAUUUUCAUUUAGUUUGGUCUAGUUUUUGUAUGAGUAAAGAGCAAAAUUUAUUUAAUAAGCUAAUGCUGAUUUUAUUCAUAUUUAUUAGAGAAUAUUCUUGCCAGAAAAUGAUAAAGUCAAGUUAAUGCUAUGAAUUAUUAGAAAUGAUGCUGUUUGUUCUGAUAAUGGUCUUUCCUUUUAAAUAUGACUUCUUUGAUUUUCAUGUAUCCACCUACUGUUCAGCCUUUCUUGAAAACUUGAUGAAUACAAUAUUAGAAGUAUACAAAGUGUAUGCCCUCAUCAAUCCGUAUAAAACUUUUCUCCCUUGCAUACCAUAAACUUACAAUCUCUGAAGCUACUGUAGCAAGAGAAGCCUCCUUAGGGGUCACAACUGCUGAAAUAAAAUAUUUCUUUUAUGUAAGUCAACGAGGAUAAAUUCAUUUUUGGUCAAAGCUGCAGUAAUUUCUUUUACUGCACAAAUGAAGUUUGGCAUAGCACUAAUUAAAAAACUCUCACAAACACAGACGCUUUUGUGAAUAGCAAAAAUGAAUUGAUUUGAAUAUAUUUCUUUUAUUGUAGAACAGAUGCAUGUGUAUUGAUAUAAUUUGAUAUAAUUUUAUAAAUAAAAUCUCCUUGACUAUUAAUUCACACCCUAAAGUAUACAGGACUGAACAUAAAAAUGGAUAAGAAUAAGAACUAUUAAUCAAAUACUGCUUCAACAAUCCAGCUUAUUUAGAAUAAAAUGUUGUUGCUGGACAACAUAGUUCUGUCAAAGCUUCUGCUGGAAAUGGCUGUUUUUAUGGUCAUUUAAAAGGUAUUAGUGUCUUAAUAUUGUUUUAAAGAAUAGUCCAACUGGUGAUGUGGUGUUUUAUAUUUCUAUAAUUUUAUGUAACAAUGCUUUGGAUAGGUUAUAUUUAUUAUUAUAUUAUUAGUUUGUUUUCUGGCUUAAACUGUUAUUUUAAAGAUAACAUUUUUAAGUGUAAAAAUAUGAUAAAUUCUGGUGUUUUCUUCAGCAACAUAUUCAUUCAAUAAACUCAUUCAAAUGAAA